AUGCUAGCAAUCAAACAAAAGGAGAGGCAUUCGGCCAUCCCCUUUUCAGUCAAUAGUGGUGCGACAAAGCGAGACUGCGAUGAUUCACGGUGGUUGGCGUGGGGCGAGUCGUGGCCAGGGCUCCGCGGUGGUGUGCGCUACUUCGUUGAGGGUGACCGGUGA